CUCGACCUGCUCUAGAGUCAAGAAACUGGGUUCUGCCAGGUCCUAGCAGUAAAGCCAUGCCACCUCCUAACCACACCGUCAAUGCGGGCCUGCUGAUCUAGGUUUCUACCCUAAAAAAAGCGUGAGAAUCUGCGAUAGACUUCUUGUUCAAAUCAGUACCUGUUUAACUUAUACCUCUGGUAUUCUUUUUCUUCUGGACGACUGAGCUCUCCCCUCGAAGGGAGCGUAGCGGCUCCCGUGGCUGGUCUGAAGCGGUCAGCGGACGGCGCAAUAGACAGCAACAUGAGCCUCUUCGGCGUGGGCCGGAAUCAGCGGACGUUCCGGCCAAAGAAAAGCGCGCCGUCAGGAAGCAAGGGUCAGCAGCUCCGCAAGCACAUCGAUGCCACGCUCGGCAGCGGUAACCUCCGGGAGGCCGUCAGGCUUCCGCCAGGGGAAGACCUCAACGAGUGGCUCGCCGUCAACACCGUUGAUUUCUACAACCAGGUCAAUCUGCUGUACGGCACGCUCACAGAGUUCUGCACGCCGGAGCACUGCCCCACCAUGUCCGCCGGCCCCAAGUACGAGUACCGGUGGGCGGACGGCGUGCACGUGAAGAAGCCGCUGGAGGUGUCGGCGCCCAAGUACGUGGAGUUCCUCAUGGACUGGAUCGAGACGCAGCUGGACGACAGCACCAUCUUUCCACAGAAGCUAGGGGUGCCCUUCCCGCCUCAUUUUGAGAAGGUGGUUCGCACCAUCUUCAAGCGGCUGUUCCGUGUGUACGCGCACAUCUACCACUCGCACUUCCAGCGCAUUGUGAGCCUCAAGGAGGAGGCGCACCUCAACACCUGCUUCAAGCACUUCAUCCUCUUCACGCACGAGUUCAACCUGAUUGACAACAAGGAGCUGGCACCAUUGGAAGAGCUUAUAGACUCAAUCACAUAAACUGCUUAACCCUACAGUGGAACAUGGAUGUGCUUUGGUAGUUUUAUUUGUCCAAGGGCUGGAUGGGAAUUUUUGUCUACAUCUGUAGAUACCGGUAGGAUUCAAGUUUACAGUGUAGUGUUGUGUACUUCUCGAAUGCUUCUGUUACACUGCAUCACCAUUUGUGAAUCGUAGCACAUCUACAGUUGUGC